AUGUACCUGAUGGAGGCAGGUACCUUUCUCCGUAUCUUUUGUAUGGGCCAUCGGCUGUCUCAAUCGUCCACCCGCGUCAAUCCACAACCCACAAUCCAACCAUCCAUCUGCCAUCCACCCGCGCAUCUGGGGACCCUCUCUUCGCAAAGUCGCAUGCGUCCAAAGGUCUCUCCGCUCUUCCAGUCAUCGCUCGUCUCGGCUCCUAGCAAGCAUCCCAGUGCCCGGGAACUCCACCGCUGUCAGAAGUCACUCCAGUUAUCCCAUAUCCGCCUCCGUUUCCUCCUGGGCCUCUGGAGAUCCUCCCGUUACCUAUUUGGCACGCCUUCCCCCCCCUUCUCCAUCUCGUCUUUCGCUUGA